UCAGAAUUGUGAAUAUACAUCCCGAAUAUAUCUCACUCAAGGAGCAGACCUCCCAAGGUGACAAGACCACUGACGAAAGUGGACAUAUUUUAGCACGCUUGAAGUCUUCAUGAAGCCCCAUUUGUAAGUCAGCGGUGUUAUGGCACUUUCGAAUCAGUUUGAGGAGCUCAGAAGGAGGGCAAAGUCUCGACUGGCUUUGUCGGGCUCCAUCCCAGAGAUAAGGGCAGAUGUCACAGCAAUGGCUGAGGUGGGACUACCCCUGUCUAAGCGGUACCAACACAUCAACGCUGAGAAAAUGGUUUUGGAAAAUGCUGUUGGACAAACUAAACAUGAGGUGGUUGAGUGCUUUGCACGUUUACUCAAAGCAGUCAGUAUUCUGGAGAAAUAUGGCUGUAAUCUGACCAACCCCAACAGGCCCAAAUACUGGCGCAGUGUCAAACACAACAACCCCGUCUUUAGGACCACUGUGGAUGCUGUUAAGGGUGGCCGGGAAGUGCUUUCUCUCUAUGGAUACACUAAUCAGCUCCCAGAUGGCCUUAGCUUUCCUGAUGAUGUCACAGAGCCUGAUGUUAAAAGGGUGGCAGAGGUUACUGUGGAAGUCAUGAUGUUGCGCACAGAGUUGGACAUGCUUGUGAAGGCGGUGCAUCCCCAUCCUGAGUUCUUCGAGACUAUUAUACCAGCUCUUCAAGGACAGCAUAAUUCUGAAGAGGUCAUGAUUGAUGCCUGUGUUAUUCUCCCUAAAUCUCCUCCACUUCAGCCCAAGAUCCAGCCCAAGUCUAUUCCCAGUCCACCAGCCCAGCUAGUAGUGCAGCCAGAUCCUCCUCAAGGGCCCUCCCUCAGACCCCACCAAGUGUGUGACAUGUGUGGGGGGACUUCCACACUCCUCUGCUCCUCUUGUAACUCAAGGCCCUUUUGUGACGCCUGUGAUGCCUUAUACCACCGCCACCCUGAUAGAGCCAGUCACAGAAGAGAUAGAGUUCAAGAAAACUGUUCCAUCUGUGGAGUCUCCCCUGUGUCGGACCACUGUGUCUCCUGCUGCCAACAUCUGUGCACUGAGUGUGACCUGCUAUACCAUUCCCAUCCUAGUCGUAGGGAACACAAGAGACAGAAGAUCAAUUCCACACCACAGCUUAAAGCUUUAAGUUACUCCUUGUCCACGUGGGAGUGUGUCCGGUGCACCACAGUGAAUGGUGGCCAGGCCGUGUUGUGUGCCACUUGUGAAUGCCCUCGCCUGGCCAGUGCUGCCCCAGCGGGCCCUGAAGAGUCACUGCAGGCGUCCACCAUCUCAGAGUGGCAGUGCCGGAGUUGCACGGUGGUGAACCCUGGCGGCAGCGUGUUGUGUACGGUGUGCGAGCGUCCUCGUCUCGCCACGCGGCCCUCGGUCAGCCCCAGCCGCCCCCUCCCGGCUCCGCCCACAACAACCACGCCGCCAGUCCUGCUUGGCGAGAACGAGUGGAUGUGUGAGCACUGCACGUUUGCCAACUCCUCGCCCUCAGGGGUUUGUGAGAUGUGCAACCUGCCACGUCAGGAGCCUCGAAAGAGCCAUAAGCCCCUCCCACUAACACCAAACAACACCAACACUACAGCCUCGAAGCCUAAACCGAAGCCCAGGAGCAUGCACCUACAGAUGCAGAAGAUGAAGGAGGAGGGCCAGAAACUUGUCAGUCAUAUCAGGGAAGGGGAGAAGAGGGGGAUGACCCCAGAGGAGGUGUACGCUGCCCUCUGCGUCUCCAGCAACAGCAACGUCAACCCGUGUGACUGGAUCGCGUCUGAGCUUCCCCACCUGUUGGACGAAAUCUGCGCCAUGGCCGUGUCAGUGCAGCAGACGCAGGGGAACGGCGACCCCGCGGUGGAGCAGAGGAAGGGCGCAUCGGACCUGAGCAGUGGCGUAGCGGCGGGAGAACGGCGCGGGGAAGUGCAGCUGUCCAGAGCCGAGGCCAAACAGGCUUGGCUAACAGCAGGGGGCGACACUGAGAAGGCUGUGCGGCAGCUGUUGAGGAGCAGACAAGCCAAGAUGCAGGAGCUGCAUUCACUGGGCUUCCAGAGCCGGGCCCAGUGUGAAUCAGCCCUGAGGCAGAGUGGCGGUGACAUACGCGGGGCGCUCUCUGUCCUGCAGCGCCCCCUCCUGGAGCCCUUUCACCAACGCGUGUGGAGCACUCUUCCAGAGGCCCCCAUCGACCUCGACAACCCAGACAAACAGAGGAUGUGUCGCCGGCUGCUGGCGCUCUAUGAUCUGCCCAGCUGGGGGCGCUGUGAGCUGGCGCUGUCUCUGCUGCAGGAGCCGGAGAUGGACUACUCUCUGGAGGACGUAGUGCAGGCUGUCAAAGAGAGCCACGAUCGGGACUUUAUCCGACGCAUGCUGAACAACUCGUGCACUAUGUGCUACAGCAAUUUUCCUCUGAACAAGAUGCAGUCUCUGACUUCAUGUCAGUGUUUAAUGUGCAGCGAGUGCUUUACUCGUCACUUCACUAUUGCCAUCAGAGACAAGCAUAUCCGAGACAUGGUGUGUCCAAACUGUGAGGAACCAGACAUUAAUGACCCAGAGCAUCUUGACAACUACUUCUCCACUCUAGAUAUUCAGCUGCGGGACUGCCUGGCGAGAGAUGUGUUUGAUCUCUUCCACAAGAGGCUGACGGAACACGCCCUCAUGCAGGACCCUAAGUUCCUGUGGUGCACUCACUGUACGAAUGGCUUCAUCAACGAUGGUAUCCAAUUUAAGGUCACCUGCCUGAGCUGCCAAAAGAGCUUCUGUGCCCAGUGCAAGAAACCUUGGGAAGAUCAGCAUGAUGGGGUGUCCUGUGAGGCAUUCCAAGCCUGGAAGCGAGAGAAUGACCCGGAAUACCAAAGACAGGGACUCGCUGGCUACCUGCGAGACAAUGGAAUCAUCUGUCCCAACUGUAGGUACCAGUAUGCUUUAACCAGAGGAGGAUGCAUGCACUUCACCUGCACCCAGUGUCGAUAUGAGUUCUGCAGUGGCUGUAACAAUCCUUUCCACAAGACUGGCUGUACUGUGAUCCAGUGCUCUGUCACCGGGCUGCAUGCCCACCACCCCAGGGACUGCCUGUUCUACCUGCGGGACUGGGAGCCUAAAAGACUGCAGGAGCUUCUCCAGAGAAAUGGAGUCGAGUUCAACACAAACCCACCAAAUGGCACUCAGGCUGGCACGUGUGGAGUGAUGGAACAGAAGGAUGAGGGUGGGCAGCACAUGGACUCUCCCUGUGGGAGUCAGGCCCAGCCUGGACAGGCAGGACUGUGCGAGAAACACUACCGCGAGUAUCUGGUGAGUCUCAUCAAUAGUCACACCUUGGAUCCAGCUCACCUGUUUGAUGAGACAGAACUGAAGGCUGCCUGUAUGAGACACCAAAUUGACCUAACGCAGGAGGCAGAGGACCAGAGAGUGUACCAUGCAAGGCUUUUGCAGGUGACUAUAGUCUGUGUGGACUGGAGGUUCUCGUAUAUGCCUUCAGGAAUUCGGUCAACGCGCCGACUGCGCACCUGGAUGGUGGAGCAGGUGAGCAGUGGAAAGUAUCCAGGACUGGUGUGGGAUGACACGAACAAGACCAUGUUCCGCAUCCCAUGGAAACAUGCAGGCAAACAAGAUUUUCGCAGUGAAGAGGAUGCUGCCAUUUUUAAGGCUUGGGCUGAGUUUAAGGGGAAGCUGACCGAGGCAGGGCGCACAGACCCUGCUUCCUGGAAGACUCGUCUCCGCUGUGCUCUCAACAAGAGCCCCGAAUUCAGUGAGGUUACAGAGAGAUCACAGCUGGACAUAUCUGAGCCGUAUAAAGUGUACCGUCUGGUUCCAAUCUCUGAGCAAGGGUGUGUGAACACAAAACCAGACCAGGCGAAGGCACACCCUGAGAGAAGGAGGAAGAGGAGGAAUCACUGGGAUAGCGAGGAAGAGGAAGAACUCUCCGCCAAGAUGAUCAAGGAAGAGCACUCCGCAGUGCAGCAAAUCAACAUGAUGCAGCAACUGGAAGUGGAGGUCUCGGAGUUGAGCACCCAGGUUGUAGAGGUCACUGAGCCCGCCGUUUCCUUGAAGAAUGAUGGCCCCAGAGAAAUCCAGUUGAAUGUUACAAUCGCGACUUCACCCCCUCCCUCCACAGCGCCCCAUUCCUUCCUGGUCUCUGUGCAGUACCUGGGCAAGGAGGUGCUCAAACAUGAGGUUCGGGGAAGCGAUGUCCGAAUCACCUACAUGCCUGUGGCUCCAGUCCCUCCCUCACCUCAGACCACCUUCCCCCGGAUCCCCCUGCCAGAUCCGCCCGUCUCAAUGGCCUCUGAACCAGCCAUGCAGGCCAUUUCCACCCUGCUACCCUUUAUGGAGAGAGGUGUGGUGCUGACGUCCACGGGAGGCGGCGUGUACGCAAAGCGCUACUGCCAAGGACGGGUCUUCUGGAGGGGACCUCAUACUGACGCCCCCGAUUCUGUCAACAAGAUGGAGCGCACGGCAGAGCCAGUCAUGGUGUUCAGCAGGGAAGCGUUUCGAGAACAACUGCAAGACUAUCAAACGAAUGGAGGACCAGUCCCACAGAGCAGUAUCAUCAUGUGCUUUGGGGAGGAGCUCUUCGGUUCAGAUGACUCCGCUACUAAGCUCAUCAUUGUAAAGAUCUCCUUUCCCUGGGCAGAACAGCAGAUCAAGGAGGUUGACACCAUCAAGGAGUCUGUGUCCAUCCUCGAAAACUUUGGAGAAGUCACCCUCAAUCUCAUCCAGAUACCCUAGUCUUAAAGGUAUCACCUGAGUGACAGCACCCACCCCUGUGUACCAGUGGAAGCAUUACCACGGCAACGGCACAAGCACUACAUGAAAUUAAUGUCUGUCCAUGCACUUUACACUGAGGGAUUUGGUCUACAGGUGGUAUUUUUGACUGACUCUUCUUGGAUUCAAAGACUGGAAAUAACACUUAAACUAGAAAACUCCAACCUUCUUCCAACCCCAAAACAGCUCAAUGUACUGUUUUCAUAUUUGUGCUGUCCAACUUCGCAGAAGUAUCGAGCCUUGUGGUUGAGUGAGGAAUGAGAGAAAAAAUAUGGACAUGUAUUGACAUGAUGAAAUUGAACAACCACUUUAAUCCCUAGCCGCACAUUCUCUGUAGGCAUUAAAUUCAGACCAGUUUCUUUUGGCAAUCUAGAAUUGAGUUCAGAAGUGUUUGUAUUACGUCUUGCCUCAAACACAGGAAGGGAGUAAGAAUGCAAACCUUGGUUGUCUAACUAUAAUGUAGCACAAAUGUGUAUUUCAGAUCUAAUGCAUCACCUACAGUAGUAACUAGGACUACCUUCCUAAAUGCAUAAUUCUUUGUGAAAUUAGCUGUGGGUAUGCCUGUUUGUCAUUAGGAUUAUUGUUGAUUGUAAUGGCUCAAAGUGGCUUAUAGUAGGUGUAAGUAAGGGGUUUGCACUCCCUGCUCCCAUAGACAUUAGUAUUAAUUGGACAAGGGGAUGAUACAAGAUCGAGUUCCUGAUUUAGUGACAAUGCAGUGUAAAUGAAAGUGAUGACCGCCAUUGAGUUUAUAAUGGUGAUGAAUGAAUCAAAAAGCAGAUAACAGGCCAAAGUUUUGAAUUCCUUGUGCUCUCUGUUGUGCAUUUAAAUGUGUUACUGUACAUAUUCUAGUUUGUGUCAAUCACAAAAAGCUGAAUAUCUCACAAAUAGUGAAAUGUAAUCUCAUCAGAACAUUCCAGCAUGUUUCAAAGAAGACAAUGACGCGUUAUUAGUUGGUCAAAAUGUAAAUUAAAAGCAUAUUUAAACAGGUGUAUGGAUACAGUAACACAAACCACAAGGAGUAAAGAUUGGUCUAAUUUGUUUUGUACUUUCUAAUGACCACUACAACAAUUUCUUUUACUGAAAGGCACAGAGAAUUAGUAGAGGGAUCAUGUUAACUAGAAGGGUUUUUUGUUGUUGUAUUUAUCAAAAACAUAUAGUUGUUUGUCAAUGGUUUUUAAGUGUGUAUGUUAAAAAAUAAAUACAUAUUUAACCUA